GUUUGGUCGCCGCCGCGUACUGUGAGGCGACGCGCGCGUGUGGUUCGGGAACUCCUGGACGUCAGGCGGCGUUGGACGACGACUCUCACUUUCCUCCAAGUGGGGACGACCCGGACGAGGAAUAAUAGUGGUGAGGGGGCUGGAGAGGAGGCACGCAAGGGAACAGAGACUGCGGCGGCCGCCUUGGUCGCGGCCAGUUAUUUCUCGGAAGCCGAGCGACGCAAACGGUGCGCGCAGCGGCCGAAACGUCGGCGUACUCGUUCUUUUGCAACGGCCCAGAGGAGCACGUACAUCCGAGAGCUGGCCCGCCGACGCCUUCUUCACCCUGACCGACCGCUUCUCCACCGCGCAGCCCGUCAAGAGUGGGCGCACCCACGUCGACGACUUUGCCGUCGAUAGAAGCGACUGUUGACGGUCCCGACGCUGCUCCCGAUCGGCAGCUCACCAACUGCACCUGGCUGCUGCGCCGUCAUCUUCCACCCGCUUCUAUAGUGCGCCACACUGGACGGCGGCUGUUCCGCGCUCCAUAUCACUUGUGCGGUGGAGCCCAACUUCAGCCGGCAAACACACCUUCUCCGAGGGGCCAGAGACCGCAGAGUGAUCGGAGCCGCCCCGCUCGAUGCGCGUCUAGAGUUCCCGCCAUGCAAGUCUGCGUGCCCCGCCUCUUGGUAGCACUGGUGUUCGCCACGCCGCUCAACGCAGCCGGUCCAAGUUUACAAGACACGCCUCUAGAGCCAGUGCUUGCAGUAAAAGGAGAUGAAGCACUGAUUGAUUGCGUAGUAAAAGACCAAGCAAACUACACAGUACUAUGGAGAAGAGUAUCUGAUCGCGACAAGGGAGCUGUGCUGACAGCAGGCAAUGUGCGUGUCAUUGGAGAUCCCAGGAUAUCUGUUUUACAUAACCCAGAGCACAAUAACUGGGUUCUACGGAUUAGCAACGUGCAACCAUUGGACUCUGGUCGAUACAGCUGUGAGCUGAACACUUCACCUAACCAACGGAUAACAAGGUUACUUACAGUUCUUGAGGAUGCAAGGCGAUCAACACCAUUCCUCCUCACACACAACUACACAGACUGCUGUAAUGAGAGGGGCAUCCCACCUGAGUGCUUUGGCUACUGCACACUCCAAGGCAUUGUCACAGGGCGGCAUCACAGUCCUAGGACAUGUCUCGAGUACAUUGGCAUCCUUACACAGUGUCUCACAGAUGGCCGGAAUCACAUGCCUUGUUGUGUGGCACAAAACAUUCCACAGAUAUGCCGAUCUGUUUGUGUUGGUGAUUACACUCUUACAACGGUUACGGAGCAUUAUACCUGCAUGGACUAUACCAUGACAACACUGGCAUGCAUUGCAAACGGUGUCGAGCUUUUACCAGGACCUCCUAGGCAGCUGGAAGUGGAGCCUGUUUCACCCACAGAGCUGCUCAUCAGAUGGAUGCCACCUCAUCAGGAGAUUGAAGUUGCACAUUUCCUCAUCAACAUCACUGAGCUGCAGAGCUUUGACCCUGAUGAAGUAACACCAAAGAAUGAAACAAACAAAGAUUCAACUGUCGGGUCAACUCAAGCAUUUUCAAUCAAGGUUGAUGGAAACCAGACAACAUUCAACUUGCGUAACUUGAAGCCUGUGACCAUGUACGAGGUGACAGUGACUUCUGAGAACAUGCAUGGUACUAGUCUUCCAACAUAUGCCGUGCGCACUUUGACUCUGGGUGCUCAGCCAUCCUUUGACCUGCCAACCCCUGAGAACAUCACAAGCAACGAGACACUCCCAUCCAUCCCAGACGUCCGUGGUUGUUGCAUCAAGCGUGGUGUUAAGCAAGAGCGCUGCCUUCGUACUAUGUGUGAUCCCAGCCGAGCGGAUGAGACCACGCUAACAGAUGUGAUGAUCUGUGCACCAUGGGCCAACGUGACAUUUGCCUGCAUGGCAGACGGUGUGGACCACACUGGCUGUUGCCGGCGUCGGGGCUUGCCAGAGGCCUGCCUGGGCUUCUGCAAAGGCAGCGUAAUGCGUGUUGAUUACCGUCACUUCCGCUGCCUGGAGUACAUGCCCUUCUAUGGUAGUUGUUUGCUCGAACACUAUGGGGUGCUGCCUGGCCCUCCGAAGGAACUUACGGUCACUGCCAUUAGUCGGAACUGGGCAGUUUUGAAAUGGAAACCUCCCAGCAAACUGCCGGAGACUGUGACAAAGUAUGGGCUAUUCUGGAGAAGGCUUGGAGAUGAGUUCGAACCUUACUUUGCUGUACCCAAUGUCAAGCCACCCUAUCUUAUGGACAGACUGGAACCAUCAUCUGACUAUGAAAUAUUUAUUGUGGCUGAAAACAAAUAUGGAACAAGUGAAGGGUCAGAUCGCAUUGUGCUGAGGACACAAGAUCCUGUGCCUGAGCCAGUAGAUGAACCUUCAGGAUACAAUGAAACAGCCUGCUGCGUGAAUGCAAAGGUCAAGGACAUAUGUAUGCCCCUCUGUUCUUAUAAGAUGAAGUUGGCUGACCUGCAAUAUCUGAGCCCCCUCUGUCUUGAUGAGAUGCACACUCUGCUGCGAUGUGGUGCGGGCGGCCGUGACCAUCGACCAUGUUGCCAGCGGUAUGGUGUGCGUGAUGAAUGCCUGCCCAUCUGCGCUGGUGAAGUCUCACUUAGCAAAUAUGACGUCACUGCCCUGGUCUGCUCCCGAGAUAUUGGUGCUGUUCUCAAGUGUAUGGAAGAAGGCAAGGACAUUAUUCCUGGCCCGCCUGAAGAUUUCCAUGUAACAUUUGUGACACCAACUUCUGUACACCUUGUGUGGAAUGCGCCUUCAGGAAAUGUGACGACAACACAAUAUCAGAUUAGGUACGAAGCCAUCAAUGGCACAGUGCCUCCGCACCCUGCGGAGUAUACACAGGAAGUGAAUGUAACAACAACAAUGGCUAUAGUUGAUAAACUGGCUCCAAAAACAAGCUAUAGCUUCUAUGUGGUGGCUGCAAAUGAACAGGGUUUUUCUGUUCCAUCUCUUAUCAUUCUUCUUACCACACCAGAGAAAGGAGUGGACGAGAAGGGAAUACAGAGCAUGGUGAGCCCGCCAUAUGGUGUGGAAGUGCUGCACGCAGCUGUCGAUGCCAUAGCACUCAAGUGGCUACCACCACUGCACCUGCCACUGCAGGCAAACCUGUCCUACAUAGUUCGUUUUGCACCGGUCAAUGUCUCCAACGAUGACAAUCGCUGGACAAGUGUGGCAACUCCUUACACCUCUCUUAUCAUUGGGAACCUCACUUUCAAUACACAGUAUGCCAUCUCUAUCAUGGCCAUGUCUGGUGGCAAGGCCAGCCUGCCUUCGGAGACUGUACUUGCAUGGACUGACGCUGCCAUUCCAGCCUUUGUGAACCUGCCACUAGUCAUCCCAUCUGGGCCUAUCAUGGAAGGGGUCAACAUGACUGUCAUGUGCAUCGGUGUCGGUGUGCCUACUCCCACCGUCUCAGUCUAUGUAAAUGGCAUCCUGCAGAUCCAGUUGCCGCAGCAUCAUGUUGCCAUCACCGUGCCUAGAGUUUCACGCAAUAUCACAAAGGUGUCUUGCUUCGCCACCAAUGGCUAUGGACAUGGAGCCCACAGUUCAGUGGACAUCCAUGUUAUUUCAAGUCCACUAGUCAUGGUGCCACUGAAGAAGGCAUAUUCAGAAACGGGAGCCAAUGCAAGACUGCUGUGCGAAGUGUCAGGUCAUCCUGAGCCUCGAUUCCUGUGGUACCGCGACUCGCAGUUACGCAAUCCACUAGGCCGCAGUGACCACAUAGAUCUGCAGUCGAGCCCGGACCCACUGAAGCCACACAACUACCAGUCCUACUUGAUCAUUAAGGGUGUUACAGCCGAGGAUGCUGGUGCCUAUUUCUGCUCAGCUGAGAAUCAGCAUGGUUCUAUGGCUGGAACAGUCACACUCAGUGUCAUGCCACGCUCUGCACGAAACACAAGCAAUUGCUGUGCAUCUCUGGGUGUGUCAGCUCCGUGCCUGACAGCAUGUGCCUUUGACAUUGACAUCAAUUUCGCUGUGAACAGGCCACAAUGCAUUCGAGAACUUGACAAGCUGAUGCACUGUGCUGCUGAUGGCAGUGAUCACAGGCAGUGUUGCAGGACUAAAGGUGUCCCUUCAAGCUGCCUGCGCUGGUGUGUAGGAAGGCCAGUAUUUCAGACCACACAAUGUGCCCUUGCUGCUGCCAAAGAGAUUGUGUCCUGCUUUGAAGAAGGCAAAGCAAUGCUGCCAGGGCCUCCUCAGAAUGUCAGGGCUACACAAGUGGCUCCAGGAGCAGUGGACAUCUACUGGGAUCCUCCUCUCAAAAAUCCUGAUGUAGUUCAGUGGUACCGUGUGCUCUGGAGGAGCGUUGGCUCGCAGAGCAUCAACAGGCUAGAGGUCAACUGGAGCUCUCCUAGAGGCUCUGCAGCUCUAUCUGGACAAGGUCUGAGCCUGGGUGGAAAGAUAGCCAUUAUACUGGUGAUGACAGCUCUGGUGCUUGUGAUUGCUGCUGUGCUGGGCAUUUUCUACUGGAAGCGCUGGAAGGCCAAGACAAGGCCUCCUGGUGUGUCGUUCGAGAAUCCCACCUACCUCAAAGAUGGUGUUGUGCUGCAGAACACAUCGGGAGAGGGCACAGCCAAACCUGGUGAAACAGCUGUUGAAAAUGGUGGCCACCGAAAUGGCCGCCCACGGGCUGUUGAGAACUGUUAUGAAGACAUACGUGCAGUCAGACUUUCCUCGUGAUCUGGGACAGAUUGCACAUCCUGUAUUCAGGCCUCCUCCUCUCUCUGUGAGGGAGUUCUACAUUUUGCCCUGAUGCUACACUGGCUGGAUUAAUCGUCAUGGGAGCUUCAAAGCCCGUGUCUUAUAAUGAAACAAAGACAACGGGACAGUAUAUUGCCUAGUGACUCUGAAUCCAUGGCGUUCUCAAAGAAUCUGCCAUGCUGUGUGUGCCUCGCCAAAUGUAAUGAGGCCGAUGUUCUUGUGCAACGACGAGAGCAAAAAAGCUUGCUGCGAUGAGACUUCUUCAGCAUCUGGUGAAUAUCUGCCACGUGUUUAAUGCCUUAGUGAACACUGUUGCACGAAACCUUUGUUUUGGUUCUCCGUGUGCACAUGAUGGCAAGGCGAUGCUCAGCCUUGCAUCAAGAUUAUUGCCCUGGAAAUCACGCUACUCUUCAAGAUUUGUGAAACGGGGUGCCUCGUGCUUUCUGGACUGGUGCACACUCUGCAUCCAUACAGCAUGCAGUAAGCAUCUGCCUUGCACCUUGUAGAACUUCAUGCUGUUGGGGCAUAUGCCAUCCCCUUGCCACAUGUGCCAGAUGAAUGAAUGUGCUGCACGCCUUAUUUCUUGUGUAGAACCUUCUGGCUGCACGUAAUGAUGUAAAGCCAGCUCACUUUGGCAUAGAUAAUACUAUAACUGGCUUUGAUAAAAAACUAUAAUAUUUACUCGGCAAUUCUUGAAAGGAGUCUUAAUGAAAGUGGACAUACCGUCUCCUUAAGCACUGCGGCAGCUUGUCACAUUGUUAGUUAAUUCAUCCUAGUGCUUUCCAUUGCUUGAAAUAGUCCCGCUUACCAAAUCAGGCUGUUCGCAGGAAUGUUUUAUUGCAAAUUUUGGGAAAAAGCGUAGUCGUGGCUUUGAAGCAUUGUCACUGAUUCAAAAAGGUGGCAUAUCUCCUUUGUGCAGUACCAAUGCAGUUAGUGCUGAUAAGCUGGUUGAUGUUCUGCUUAGCCUAUGUAUUUGCAAGCUAUGAAAAGGAAGGCAGCAAAAAGUCAGAGUACUUAAAAAAUAAAUCUAAGGAAGGGCAGUUGCUUCUUGUGGUGACACCAGCAGAAGACGACUGUCACCACACUGCUUUGUACAUAAAUGAUAUGUGAUAACAAAGAAAGCGUUUAUGACAUGUUAUGGCAUUCCAUUUUUUCGUUGCUGUGCUUUUCUUAUAGUGCAUUUUGUGGCUUCUUUCGUGUGCAAAUUUGUUAUGGCCUAGUGUAGUUUAAAAAUGUAGAAAAGUUUGACAAGGCGAUUUUCAUCUACCAUGAUCGUGAUAUCAUGCCGAGUGAUUUCAGUUGUGUAAUUUAGCUUUUACAUGUGUUCAGUUAUUGCACACUUUUUAUGGCAUUAGACAGAAUUUGCUAAAGAAGAAUGCAGCAGUCAUUGUGAUAUGCAAUGUUGUCUAUAGAGGAUCUGUGUUACUACCAUUGCAGUGAACAUUCCAGUGCAACCUACCAUCCAUUUCUGUUGCAAACUCUGAACCAAAAUUUAAUGUGUCACACACCAUGCUCAGAUGAAGAUUACAAACCAACAAUGAAAAACAGCCAUUUCAUUUUGGAGCAGAUUGUAACAACAGCAAACACACUGAUGUUGAUAUCUGCCUUCAAAUGACUGUAGUUUUGUUGAUAGAAUCUUAGCGUCAGAUGUGUUGGAUGUUAAAGUCUGACUUCAAACUGUACGACAGUAGGACUGCAACAUCACCGAAAAUUGUUCAAACAGAUCGCAUAUUAUAAAAUUAUGGAGUACUGACAAGAACCCUUCAUGUUUAGCUGCCCACUUUUAUUAAAGGGCCAGUAAACUGGCUCAGACUUUUUCUUGCACCCCACAAACAAGCUUGCUAAUUCAUACAGUAGACUACGGCAAUCACAUUUGCCGAAUAUUACAGUGCUGUGCGUUGAGCGGACCCUCCAUUUUGAAAAACAAAUCUCACGCCUGUUUCCCUCACCUGAUCAAUCCUCUUCGUACAUGCACAGUGACGAUAGCUUGCCAAUAGACAAUGUUACGCACCACUGAACUCGUCAAUUGGUUCUUUGCACUACAAAAUGGCACUUUGACCCUGCGGGGGUGCAGUUUCAGCAGAGCAGCCUAAAUUUUGAUUUUUCUGUGCUGCCCUCUGCCGUUUUGUAGAGCCCGAGACCACAAGAGAAGCGAUAUUGCCAGAAUGAAAGCCUCCAAAACCAUGAGGUGUCUCACUACUUUACUGCAAGAAAAAAAGUGCUCCACGCUUUCUGCCUGUACCAAUAUGACACGUACUCACGUGGGGCAAGUCCCGCUCUAUCGUUGAUUGUGCGCAGAUUACGUAUCACGGAUGUCGAGUCAUGUUGUUGAAGUGGGCGGAGUCACGACGACGUGGUACUCUUUCCCUCCCUGAGAAAAGGGGAGCGAGCGCCUGUGCGAAAAUUCGAAACUGACUGAAAUGGAUGUUUUAACCUCUGUAACAUCCUUAUUAUAGUACCACAUAUUCGCAAAAUUCUUGCAGUAGCAUGUUCACAUAGCAAAAGUGCGCAUAUUUCUCUUCACUAAAACGUUCGGACAUCAGGGUUGUUUACUAGCCCUUAAAAAAAAAGUGGUCAGGGGAGGCUGUCCUCUCAAGAACAUGUGUGACAUUGAGAUUGUUAUUUUGCUGCAAAGGUUAUGCAUGCCCAUAAAAAUGUUUGAGAAUUUGCUAGCAGAUAUGUAUGAUUGUAUAGUCCAACAGUAGCAACAUGUGACAGUUUGUAUGAUGUCCACAACAAAGUUACCUGUCCCAGUCAAGCUCAGAGAUGAGAUGUUAUUUUCAGAGAACUAUAGAUGCUAUUUUCCUUCUUGCACAGAAAAAGUGUGUACAAAAUGAAGCAGGAUUGCUUUCCAUGCUGUUCAGUUUUUUGUGCAAGUAGAGAAAUUUGUACAUAAAUACAAGUGAUGAAAAAGAAAGCAGCGAUUAUACUGAUGCUGUGCAUACACAUAAUUUUAUAUUGAAACGCAAAGCUGUAAAUAAUGCUAAUGUUUUUUUUUAAUAAAGAGACUUCUGUUUCUUUGA